AUGAUGAAGAAGAUAAUUGGCAAGUUUUUUAAAAAAUCAUCGUCCAAUAAGGAUAAAGAUUCCAAUAAGAACAAAGAUGGCGAACACUUUAAUGGCUUCUCAUCAGUUAAAUCAGAUUUUGGGAUGAAUGUUAAUAACAGCUAUAAUUCCGUUGGGAAAUCCAGUUCUGUUAUGCGUUCUGGUGGUUUCUAUGGUUUGAAUCCUUGUAGCUAUAGUCAUGGAAAUGCUGAUCUUAUGAACUUGAAGAAAUUUGGUUCUAAAAUGGGCACAAAAGUAGGCCCUGUUGGAAGGCUGGAUAGUGAUUCUUUGCCAAGGUUUGGGGAAGUUCCAAGUUCAGAAAAAGUGGGUCUUUUUAUUAAGAAGUUGAAUUUAUGUUGCGUGGUACUUGAUUUUAACGACCCCAUGAAGGAUUUGAAAGAGAAGGACAUCAAGAAACAAACUUUGGUUGAGUUGGUUGAAUUUGUGGCCAUUGCAAAUUUGAGGUUUGAUGAGGUUAUAAUGCAGGAAGUUUUCAAGAUGGUGUCUGCUAAUUUGUUCAGAACAUUGCCAGUUUCUUGUCAGGACAUGAAAAGGCUACCGGUUAAUAUAUAUGAUAUGGAAGAGGAUGAGCCAAUAGUGGACCCUUCGUGGCCUCAUCUGCAAAUUGUGUAUGAGUUUCUGCUAAGACUUUUGUCCUCCUCAGAAAUGGAUCCAAAAGUGGCUAAAAGAUACAUUGACCAUUCAUUUGCGUUAAGACUGUUGGAAUUGUUUGAUUCUGAGGAUAAGAGAGAGAGGGAGUAUUUGAAGAAUAUUCUUCAUAGGAUAUAUGUAAAGUUCGUAAUGCAUAGGCCAUUUAUCAGAAAAGCAAUAGAUAACAUCUUGUACCAGUUCAUUUUUGAGACAGAGAAGCACAAUGGAAUUGCAGAGUUGCUGGAGAUCUUGGGCAGUAUAAUCAAUGGGUUUGAUUUUCCUUUAAAGGAAGAGCACAAGCUUUUCCUUGUCCAUGUGUUGAUUCCCCUUCACAAACCAAAGUGUCUCUCAAUGUAUCAUCAGCAACUCUCUCAUUGCAUCAUGCAGUUUUUGGAGAAGGACUUCAAGCUAGUGGACACUGUAAUUCGAGGUCUUCUGAAGUAUUGGCCAAUUACUAAUUCUGUUAAGGAGGUAAUGUUCCUUGGUGAAUUGGAGGCAGCUCUGGAAGCCACCCAUAAUACAGAAUUUCAGCGUUUCAUGGUCCCCUUGUUCCAUCAGAUUGCUCGGUGUGUCAAUAGUUCACAUUUCCAGGUAGCUGAACGUGCUUUGUUGCUGUGGAACAAUGAUCAUGUAAGAAAUCUGAUCAUUCAGAACCGCCUCGUGAUAAUGCCUAUUAUUUUGCCAUAUCUGGAAAGAAACAGCCAUAUCCACUGGUAUCAGUCGGUUCAUAAUCUCACGUUCAAAGUAAAGAAAAUGUUUUUUGAUGCUGACAAAGAAUUCUAUGAGGAGUGUAUGGUGAGAGUACAAGAAGAUGAAUUCAAGGCUGCGGUGGCUCGUGAGAAGCAGGCGUUCACGUGGAAGCAACUAGAAGAUCUUGCCAUGUCCAAGGCUGCGAGGGAAGAUGCUGUGAAUGUCUCUAGGAUUGCUUCCUCUCCAGUUACUGCUGCCAGCACCAUCUAAUCGUCAAUUGUCAAGUUAGAUAUUAGUGCUGAUGCAAAUAAUUGUCAUCAGCUUGUUCGCUGACAGAUAUUGAAAGAUGGACAGUUCAUAAGAUUAGGAUCCUUUAGUCCCAUGUGAUGUUUUCCGUGCAUAUGAAUGAUAGAGUAAGAGGCUGGGAGUUUCUGUAAAUACUUUUUUUCCCCCUUUUUCUGGGUAGAAUUCUCCUUCACUCAGUAAAAUAUCUGCAGGAAUUUGGUUCUUUUUUUUUUUGGUGGGUUCACCAAUGAGGCAUGUAUCAUAUUGACUAUCAGGGUAGUGGCUCAUAAGAUCUCUACCUGAUCAUAAUCAUCACAU